AUGAACGAAAUGAUAAAAAAGAAAAGACGAAAAAAUGUUCCUCUUGUUUUAUUGCGAAAACUCAGUUCGCCUUCCAAAAUCACUAGUCAGCUCUGCAAGGAGAGCGAUGACCAGGCAGCCAUGAACGUUAAGCAGCGCAAGCUAUGCCAGGCUAUGAUUCAAAUCCUCCCCUGUACUUCCUGUGUUCCCUCCAAUUCACAAUUGUUUCCUGCUGCUAAAGAGCAAACCGCUUCUAAAGGGCAAUGCAGGGCUUGA